GGCUCAAGUUUUGGUUUCGAAGAAGACGCGCGUUGUCUGAUAACCAGGUUUUGUAUUUUUUUGCUGCAAAAUAAACAGCGCAGAAGUUGGCUGAAGGACUUCGAUCUCCAAACUAAGCGCUGCUAUGGCAGAAGCUUUUAGCGCUGCUAUGGCAGAAGUUAAGAGUCGUGGCAGAGGUAGAGGAAGACAAAUUGGAUCAAAAUCUGAAUCGAAGCCUGGCAUUGUUUGCGAGGUCACAGAGAAGCUCAAAAAGGAAGCUCUCCUCGAAGAGAGGAUAAGAAAGAUCAGGGAGAAGAAUGAGCAGCUUCUGAAGCGUCAGCAAGAGAUCGAAGAUGACAUCAAACAUGCAGAAGAACACAGCAAGGAAAUAGCAAGAGAAGAAGAGGAAAAAGCACCACUGAUAGGGCAGAAGAUGACAGGGGUCAGAAUGGAUGAAAAACCACCAAGCACAAAGGGCAGAGCAAGAGGGAGAGUGCUUGCUAAGAUGAGCAGAGAAGUACCAAGGGCACAUGUCUUUGAAGAAAAGCGAAAGCGAAAUAUUGAAGUAGUGGAGAGAGAAAUCAAGAUGGAUGCUCCACCGUCUGGGAGAAAUUUUCUUGCUGAUGAUCACCGUGCCGAUAUGUCAAAGGCUAUGAGUCGGUCCAGCCAUUCUUGGGGUGGAAACCAGUUUGAAUCCGUUGUUGAUAGAAUAAAAAAAGACAAAUUACCCCACAGGUCAAAAGGCCAGUUUGACAAUCCUGAAAUAAGUAUGACCGGUAAGUCUAGGAGAGAGUAUAUGGAGUGGAAACAGGAGAGGGAAAGGGUUGAUCAAGAGCGAAAGGAAAGGCAGAAGAGAGGAGGAGGCUGGAAACGAGAGUGGGAUCAGUAUAAGGUGCCAGGCAUCAAACAUGAUUCUCAGGAACAGACUGGUUUCCAGGACAGGGGCAAGUAUGAACAAGUCUCUCAUAGGGGUAAAAGACACAACUGGAACUAUCACGAUGAUAGAGGUGUAGAGAGGCAGGAGUUUAAACAGCAUCAUAAGGAUAGGAAUGAUGAAUUAUCAGGGGAUUGGGAAAGCACAGACAAGAGAUAUAAGAUACCACCCAAGGCAGAUGGAUCUGUACCUUUAGCAGAAGACUGGGAAGAUACAACACAAAGCAAUGAAUACACAGUUGGGAGUAACACAGAUUUAGGUAAUAAGAAACCAGAGUAUGAUCAAGCAAAAGAAAAGUUAGAUACCAUAGAAAAAGACACUCUACAUGAGGAAACCAGUAGAGAUACACAACAGAUGGAUAAUCAAGAAAAAUACAAUCCUCAGGAAAAUAUCAGAAUUAUAUCAACUCAGCCGACAGUUGAUGCUCAUGCCAAAGAUUUGCAGGAAACAGAUACCAGAGCACAUAAUAUCAAGGAAGAUAUGGUAACAUAUGAAGAAAAUCAACAAACAGAAGAACAUAAAGCAUCAGAAGUCACAGAUGAAGAUACCACACCAAAAAAGUCAUCCUUGCCACAAAGGCAAGAACAGCUGAGUGAACAAAAAACUUUGGGUUCUAUGACCAAAGAAGAGUCUCUCAAAGAGGACCACGAGGUACAUGCUAAUUUGCCUGAACAUCAGCCCAAACAAGAAGGCCAAGACUAUGAUAACUACCCUUCACUGCCUGAACAACGUCUUGACAAUGAUGACGAUAAGCACUCUGAUGAACAACUUAACAAACAUCCUUCCCUACCAGAACAACAGCUCAGUAAUGACCAUGAAAAACACUUAUAUCCACCUGAUGAACAACCAAACAAAGAUGACCACCCUUCACUGUCUGAACAAGGUCUUAAUGACAAUUACGAUAAACAUUCACAUCCACCUGACGAACAACCUAACAAAGACGACCAUGAAAAGCACCCUCAUUUGGCUAAGCUUGUAGUCAAACAGGAAGAGGGUGAAAAUGAGUUCCCUGACUUCCUAAAAACCCCAAAGUCACCAAUAGGGAACUGGGCUGACUAUGAAGUGGAUGAAGAAGAACUUAAAAAUAUUCCCAUAGAAUGGGUUGGUUAAGCUUAAGGUUUUUAGCCUACAUAGUAGGCAGAGGUUUUACUCUACUGUUACUCUAUUUUUAAUGUCAAGUAAAUCUUACAUAGCUAAUUCCUGUUUUAAUAAUAACUCAAAAUUGUAUGUAUACAUUUUUAGCUUGAUAAGGUUACUACAUAUGUCAAGUAGAAUAUACAAGAAAAAACAAAUAAAUUGAGUCAAAUUA